AUGUCAGACGCAGAGUUAGGAGAUAAUCAACGUAUGGAUGAAAGCACUGAGGAGACGCCAAGCGUAAUUGAGCCAAUUAUCCAAAUUACUGAGAAUCCGUCCCAAGCGCACUUCAGUGGAGAAAAUACACCGCAGUUCCCUAAUGCGACUUCCAUUCACCAACAAGAAAUUAAACACACUGUAGCCGAGAGGGGACCUGCAAUAGGCGAACUCACAGAGACUCAGAAGUUCCAAAUAAAUAAACUGGACUUCAAGGUAAAGUCAUUUAAUGAUAUUUAUCAAGAAUUGUUGCAGUCAGCCGAGAACAUUAGCGGUCUCACAGUUGAGGAGUUGGACGGCCAGGAGAAAAUCAUCGAAGGAGAAUGGAAUGAAUUGCUCAUCAUCCAAGACAAACUUAGCGAGACCCUCCUGUCAACUCAUCAACAUAUUAUUGAGACCACCUAUCAGAGGGCUUCAACGCUGAAGAAACCCUGCCUCAAACUCAUCUAUCAGCUCAAAGGAAUCAUCAAGAAGAGGGAAUCAGCGAGUACAUCAACAACAUCAGGCCAAGCCAAUCAACUCAAGAGAAUCGGACUGAAACCAUUCGAAGGAAAAUACUCAGAGUGGAAGCAGUUCAGCGACUUGUUGCAGUCACUGGUGGGAAAAGACGAUUCAAUUCCGCCAGUGCAAAAGCUAGUACGCCUCAAGGAGGCUCUCAAGGGAGCAAAUCUCAUCGACACCUUCACGGUGACCGAUGAGAAUUAUGAGAAGGCCUGGCAGAAGCUAGUGAGGAAAUAUGAGGAUCCCAGACUCAUCGCUCAAGCAGUGUUCAACAGGAUCCUCCACCUCCCGAAGAUCACCAAGGCAACUGCGGAGAACCUUAACGCCAAUGCAGCGACAGCCCUUGAGACGAGAGAUCAGCUGAUCACUAUGACAGGCUUGUCCAAGGAGAGUGUCAGUGAACAGAUGAUCGUUCAUCUAUUGAGGAAGUCCCUGGAUGCUGAGACUCUCAGAGCAUCGGAAUUGAAGCUAGGAGAUUCCAAGCACUUCCCAACGCUGGAGGAGUUCACCGGCUUCGUUGAAUCCUGCGCAAGAGGAAUCAAUGCUGGAGCCAAGCUGACCACCGAGCCUCAAGCACCACCAGUCAAGAAGCAUGGAGCAACUCAACGUCAGAGAAAUGCUCACCUAGCAGUCACUCAACAGAGGGAGCCAGGAGAGCUCACCAGACUGCUCCCCAAGGAGCACUGUGCCUACUGCAAGGGACCACAUUUCAUCGCGAACUGUCAGGGGUUGGUCGACCUGUCCUCCAUCAAGAGGAAUGAGUUCGUGGUCAGCACAAGGCUCUGUUUCAACUGCUUGGGCCCACAUCUAUUCUCAAAGUGCAGGUCCACCAAGACGUGCUUCAGCUGCAAGCGCAGGCAUCACACACUCAUCCAUGGUGGAAGCACGUACACCAACGGCAGAGAUGCUGAGCAGGCAGCUCCAGUGAACCCAACAAGAGAAGAAAAUCCACAGACGGUCCAACCAGGAACGAGCUGGGCUGAGUCAACAGCCCAAGUACGAGCACAAUCUCCAAAGGGCUUCCUUCUCAAAGCAAGAGCGCUCAUCGAUCAAGGCUCAGAGUUAUCAUUUAUCUCUGAGGAACUAGUACAUCAACUACAACUCUUACGAAGGUCAUCAAAAAUAGAGUUAAUCGGAAUAGGAGAGACAAACUCAGGUCACACGAGGGGAGCAGUAUCAGUACUGCUUCAAGCAGUUGAUGGAUCACAGCAAGUGCAAAUCAAUGCUCACAUACUCAAGAAACUCACCGUCAAGCUACCAUCAUUCUCGUGCUCACCAACAUGGAUCGACCCUCCACAAGGUCUUCAACUAGCCGAUCCAGAUUAUCUAAAACCUGGUCCAAUAGACAUCAUCAUAGGGGCUGACAGCUAUGGGCGGAUCAUCAAGAGCAGAGUCGUCAGGUCCAGAAACACUCACUUAGUUGGCCAACAAACAAUAUUUGGUUGGAUACUAUCAGGUCCAAUCGAAUGCAGUGGUUGUUUACCGAGGGUUUCUCUAUUGGCCGUAAAGGAAUCUUCAAACGAGCAACUACAAGAGCUUCUUCAAAGAUUUUGGCACCAGGAGGAAUUACCAAAAAUUCCCAACUCAUCAGCAGAGCUAUCACCAGAUGAACUCGAGUGUGAGAAAUUCUUCAAGUCCACACACACCAGAGACGAAACUAGGCGCUACAUCGUAAGACUUCCUCUACGGACCUCACCAACAGCGCUCGGAGAGUCUAAAUUCAAGGCCUCACGUCAACUCCAGUCAGUUGCACGUCGUCUUCAGACAGACGAAUCAUAUUCCCAGCUCUACAGAGAAUUCAUCAACGAGUAUGAGGCACUGGGACACAUGCGCAAAGCACCAGAAGGAGCACAACCCGUCACAGCAUACUAUCUACCGCAUCACGGGGUUCUGAGAGAGGACGCACUCACCACGAAGCUGAGAGGUGUCUUCCNGCAUCACGGGGUUCUGAGAGAGGACGCACUCACCACGAAGCUGAGAGUUGUCUUCAACGGCUCAAGUCCUAGCUCAUCAGGAUUAUCUCUCAAUGAUAUCCUCUAUCCGGGUGAGAAGCUACAAGUUAAUACCAUGAACGUAUUAACAUGGCUCAGAAAACACAAAAUUGUUUUCGGGACAGAUAUUGUCAAAAUGUUCAGACAGAUUCGAGUGCAUCAAGACGAUUGGGAUCUCCAGAGAAUUCUGUGGAUCAGCGAAAAUCAGCAGCAGAUCACCUACCAACUGACGACAGUCACCUACGCAGAGGAUGAAGGACAUCACUAUCCAGCAGCCGUCGAGGCACUCACCAAAGGUCGCUACGUCGACGAUAUCUACGGCGGAGCUGAUACAGAAGAUCACCUCAAAGAAAUCGCAUGGCAGUUACAAGGGCUCUGUCAAGCAGGCGGUUUCGCUCUACAAAAGUGGAGCAGUAAUUGCCCACACAUUUUAGAGGAAUUGGGAAUCUCAACGAGCAAGGCAAUCAUCCAGUUCGAGGAGCCUAUCACCAAAGUGCUCGGAUUGUAUUGGUAUCAAUCGUCCGAUACAUUUCAAUUUAAAUCAAAGCAGUUCGAGUCAGCAACAAUCACCAAGAGAGUAGUAGCAUCAGAAAUCGCUCAACUGUUUGAUCCGUUGGGAUUCAUCGCUCCAGUAAUCACCCGAGGCAAGAUAAUCACCCAAGAUCUAUGGAAACUCAAGCUCACUUGGGACACACCACUUCAAUGA